AUUAGUCUAUGUCAAAAAUGCUACCGAGAAAUCCCCAGGGUAUUUCCCAGGGGUAUUUUUACGGCAUAUAAGUAGUGAGUAAAGCUAAGUGGCCGAGUACUACGGCGAGUGUAAAGCCGGCCAAACAAGCGGUGUGACCCUGUAACAAGCAAGAAUCCCUUGGCACUCCACAGUCUCCACAUCCCUCACAGCCUCCACAUCCCUCACACUUGUAACAGCUUCCACACACUCCUCAAUAUCGCUGCCUCCGAUCUCUAACUGUAUGAUUGUGUGCAUGUAUGCAAAAUGUGCAUGUGCCAGUGAGAAUGAACAUACCGUAGUUGAUGUAAUUACAGCACCAGAAAAAUAGUUAUUUUUGCGAGACUACGCACAAAUUAAUUUAUAAUGGUGGUAUAAUUAUGGCCAACAAUUUUGAAUUUAUACUGGCGCUGUAAUUACAUCAACUACAGUAUGUACCACUUUUAAAUUUUUGGCACAAAAAUGUACUGUAGCAUGUAAUGUCGAGAAUAUUAUUUUCACCCAACAACACUUAAUUGUCAAUUGGAUUCUCUGUUGGCCAUCGUAAUAGACCCGUGAAUGAAGUUGUGACGAAUUGACGUAGGGGCCUGGCUCUUCCCUGUCGCUUAUUUUGAUAUUUUGGAGGCAUUUUCCCGGCCAAUCCUAUAGCAAUGUUUUUGUGGUACUUAACUUAAUCUUAUGUCAUCAUGACAUCAUGAAUGUGAGCAUUCUAUUGCUCUGACCGUUGCAAUAUCUCCCUGGGAAAACCCAGUCAUUGCUAAGGUUUCACACCAGGUCAGUCACCAGCACUGCAAUGGAAUCUAGAUCUAGAUCUAUAUAAAGUAGCAGCAUGCACCAAUUGCAUGCAGAUCUACAAGGUGCAUGGGAUUGAAUCUGCCACUCUUAUCAACAUAGCAACAUGGCAAGCUAUAAAAUAGCUCGCAGCACAGUACAGAACUUGGAUCUCUUUGAUAAGUAUACUUGCCCUCACUGUCACCAUCUCUGCAAGGAUGCUGUACAGUCAGUGUGUGGUCACUGGCUGUGUGAGAGCUGUGCAGAUAAGCUAAUGGCAACUAGUUCCCCCAAGUGCCCGCAACCUGACUGCCAAGAAGACCUCAAAUCAGAUGGAGACCAGUGCUUCCCCGAUCGCUUUGUGAGGAAAGAGAUAUCAAAGAUGAUGGUCCUUUGCCCCUACAAAGACAACGGUUGCCAAUGGGAGGACAAGACGGCUGCUUUGGAGGCUCAUCUGAAGACGUGUACAUUCGCCUCUAAUGUGACGUGUCCACUAGCUUCUCUAGGAUGCCAACACAGCCAAACAGGAACAAAACAGGAACUGCAAAAGCACAUAGCUGAGUGUGGACUGGAGCAUCUACAGCUAAUGGCUGGUAUUUUGAGUCUCUUACGCCCACUACUACCGUCAGCCAUCAGUUCCGAGAGUGCUAGCGUGGUUGAGAGAGACGGAGUCCUUACUAGCAAAGGAAGCAAAAUGAAACGCUCAGCACUAAAACACGAUGACUAUGGCUACCGAAGCAGAAGGAUCUACAGCGAUGAGGCAAGUACAGCUGCUUUCGCUAGUGUUACGGAAAAGGUCAAGCUUGAGCUGGACACGAGACUGACCACACAACUGAGAAAAAAGGAUGAAGAAAUCGAUACACUUGUAAAAAAAGUGAGUAGUUUAGAGAGAGCAAUGAAAUCAAAACAAGCCGAGUACGAGGAUAGAGACUUUCGAUUAUCACUGAUAGAAAAUAGUUCCCACGAUGGCCAAAUGAUUUGGAAGAUACCGCAGUUUAGUCAGAGGAUGGCCGACGCACAAUCAGGCAAAUACACCUCGAUCUUCAGCCUUCCGUUUCACACGGGGAAGUACGGCUACAAGAUGUGCCUCAGGCUAUACAUCCUAGGAGACGGUAUCGGAAAGAACACUCACAUGUCACUCUUCUUUGUAAUAAUGAAGGGAGAGUUUGACAAUAUUCUGUCAUGGCCUUUUACAUCUAAAGUUACCUUUAAGCUGAUCAAUCAGACGGGGAAUAGGGACAUCAUUGACAGCUUUAAACCAGACCCCAUGAGCAGUUCGUUCCGCAAGCCAAAGUCGGACAUGAACAUUGCGAGUGGUUGUCCACGUUUUGUAUCUCACACUGAACUAAAGAGUGGUGGAUUUAUAGUAGAUGACACUCUGUUCAUCAAAUGUACAGUAGAUUAAUUGCUGUGUGUAAUCUUAACAAUUAUUUCUAUAGGAACAAUGUCACGGAUCACAAUCAUUCACUUGAUUUUUGGUUCACUUGUUAACAACGUUACAGGCAGGUACAUCAAUCACUUUCAUUUUUGGUAUUAUAUGACUUAAAUCUC